CAAUCACCAGCUUCCGACGGUAGAAAAAUUCUGGUGAAGAACUGAUUUACUCCGAUGCGAAGAUAAAAACCUUUUUAAAAGUUUUGGCUAAACUACUUUGCGAUACACAAAAUCAGGAAAUUGACAUCGAACCUGUAUAUUUAAGGUUAAUUACGAAAACAGAAACAAGGUAAUAUAUUUUCUCCUUGAUUCUGAAGGCGAUUACGAGUGCUUCACAUGAAUAUCUGUAUUAUAGUGUUUGUAACUUAGGUUAUCUGUUUUCAACUGUUCUUUUGUUAUCAGAUUUUACAGCCCCACAGAAAGACUUUAAAACGAACAUGAAGAACUUGUAUCUGAUUUUCGUCGUUUUGUCUUCGUUCUUAGUUUGGGGAGGUGAGUUGUAAUCUUUGGUUCAUGUGUUUAAAAAUUGAUUAACCUUAGAAUCCAAAUACAAUGGUAACAGAUUACUUCUUAACACUUAAAGAACAAAGAAAAUUCAUCGAGUUUAAAGUGCAAUUAAACUGAGAAAAUAAUUAGUAACAAAAGCCCUACUGUGUAAUCGUUAUUUUAAAAUCGCUUACAGUGAUUAUUUACAAAUGCAUAAGUUAGCAGUUUUAACGUUGAUUAAUGGUGUGGGUGAAUAGAUCUGGAAAUAGAUGUAAUGAAGACUUCAUCCUGUUAAUUGUCGAGUAAAUGGAGCUAUCAAGUUCUAAAGAUAGCAAAAUCGCGGAGAUCGAAAUGAUUUCUAUGCCCUCUACUAAAUGUAAUAGCGAAAAUUUCGAAUUCAGUCAGAUUUAUGGUGUGGUUUGGAACUGCAAGUUCCGCUGUGAGGUAGUCGCUGAGUGACAUGGUUUUGUUUUAAAUUGGUUGUAGAAAUUAACGUAAUAGCCUGUUCCACAGAGCUGCGUGCAUUUCAGAUCAACCAAACUAUUGCUUAGAGAAUGGUUUGAACACAGUUGUCUUGUCACAGGCGGGUAAGGUGGAAUAUGGUCGCCGGGGAGAGUGUAGUCCUGAAUCGGACAGUUGUUAACACGGCCUAUCUAUCCGGUUGUAUCAUUCGAGGGACUGGCAAAGUUCUGUAAAGAGCUGCGAAGCCGUGAUGAAAAUGAGGAGGAGAUGCUUCGAAUUUUCUGGCGCUUUCGCCGCCAGAAAUGCGCUGUCACACGCGCAAAAAAAACCGCCAGCAAUGCAGGCUAUUGUUACAACUGUAACAAUGACUGAUGUAAGGCAACCUCUGUGGAUGUCUUAAUUGCAGAAGUAUCAUGUUAUAGCUUCUAGAUUUUAAUUAAGCCAAAAUGAAAUUUAAUAACUGAAAGUUUAUAGCGACUUUCCGUGGUGUUGUAAUUUUAAAAUUGAGUAUAUUUACUAAAUGACAUAUUUGUCCCCAAAUAGCGCAUGCGCACUUUUAAAUUUUGUAUUUUCAAUUUAUUGAGAAUUUUUUUUUGUUAUUUUUCCUUUUAUUUUAGAAUGCCGAGCAGUGUCAAGAGGUAAUAACAGUCACGAUAAUGAGUAAUUUCUAAGUGAUUAAAUUAGAAUUUAAGUAAUAUUUAAAACAAAACUUGUCAAGAAAAAGAGAUGUCAGCACGAAAAUGCUGGGAAAAAAGAGUGAUUCAACUGUGUCUGCAUUCCAUAUCGAUCUUAUACAGGAACUCAUUGAUUACAAGUAAAAGUAAAAAGUGAGACUGAAAUUAGGAUUUUUUAGGUGGGAAUAUCUCUUAAGUUUUAAUAUUUACCUCGUCUUUAUUAACAAAGAUAUUGGAAAAAGGAUACCACAGCUAUACUAUUUAAAGAUGAAAAUUUGUUGUGAGCCAUGUUUUGUUGACAUCAGAGUUGCCAUGGCAACGUAAUGACGCCCAUUACGUUUUUAAUGACAAUUGCUCUUCUAUUAGUUUAUGAUAAGCUCAGCUGGCAAAGCGCCCACUUGCCCAAGACACAGAAAGCCAAUACUUCCUCUAAUAACCGGUCUCGGCCAACUUGUCUUGUCCCCAGUGCCCACGCCACACCUCGUUAUCUUCUUGGCCUCCAUAAGACAUACGGGACAUAAGUAUUCUCUCUUCUUAAAGCCGAUCUCUUUAAUAGCGGUCAAGAGUAUAACUGGGCUGAAUUUCCAAAACCUUCGUUACCUUUUAGAAGGAAAACAAAUGAUUGUCGUAAUUUCUAUUUAUAUUGCUUUUGCGCUCUUCUCUGUCGGCGUAAGCGUUUCAACCCAUCUUUGUAUCGUUUGUCGCCAUUGAUUAUCUGUCUAACUCGAGUUUGGUUUUGUUUGUUUUUGCUUUGGUUGUUUGUUUUUGUUGUUAUUUUUUUCUCCACCCUUCACUUCACUUUUUCAACAAAAUGAAAAACUGUUCUACCUGCAUGUCUACAUAGAAUGUCGUGACAAUUUUCACAACUGUGAGACAUGGAAGAGGUCUGGGCUUUGUCAUGGCACUGCGCAUGCGUUUUACCUCCGGAAUGGCUGCGCAAAAACCUGUGGGUUUUGCAAAAGUAAGUAAUAUUAACGAACGUUAGAGUAACAAUGUAUGUGUCUUAGGUCAGGGAUAACAGUAAUAACUCAGUCACGUGAAGUCUACGUGAUCAUUUAGGAGAAGAUCUCAUAGCCUGUUCUACUAUCUGAACGCCUGGAACAGGCAAUAGAUCUCAGAGUAUUGUGCUCUUAGUGUUCUUGCCUAGACGCCAGGCCACAUCAUUCCGCACGGCCUAUUAAUUUUGGGUCACGUGGCCGUUCGUCUCGGAACGGGAACUAGCUGUAAAUGACUUAUUAAACUGAGGUCAUACGUCCAUGAAACUAAAAAGAAACAAGAGCCAUAAUAGGACCUCUUGAAAGAAAUGGUCUCUUAAAGGAGCUAUGUCACCUAUAUCUUAGCGAAGCUGGCCACCAAAUUGAAUGAAAUAUAAAAAUAACAGCUUAUUAAACUUUGAAAGGAGGGUAGAGCUCGCAUGGACAAAAUUGAAGAAUAUUAAAUGGGUUUUCCAAUUGUGUUCUUUUUUUAAAAUUGUUUAGCUACGUAGCUUUUCAAAGUUGAUCUCUGAUGUUAUUAAUGAUGUUUUGGGCGCUAAGAAAACACACUCAACUUUUGUGCUAUGAAGCUGUUAUUGUGUUGAAUAGAAUUAAUUUCCUCGCCAGCACUUAGCAAGUAAUUUGGAAAACGUACAGAAUGGCCUUAAAAAAUGCUCAGUGACAUAUUUCGUAAAAUAAAAACUGUUUUAUUCUCGCAGGUGACACUCCAUUACAGACCAAUCAACAUUCAAUUCAAGAUACUCCCAAGAAAGCAAACAAACAAAAUAAUAAAGGGAUUGGUCAGGGUCAGCAGAAACUUCAUUCUCCUGGUCAGGUACCAUUGCCUUCAGAUCCUUCAUUGAAAUCAGGACAAGGUAAGCCAUUCACUGUGAUAAAGGUUUUUUCAGAAAGUCAUUUCUCAGUUUUAACCAUGGCACUUAUAUUUCAGUUGAACUUAAAUAUAACGGAUUCCGAAUAAAUUCCAGAUAUUUAUAAAAUAACUGAGAUAGUACGCGUGAUCUGAUUGGUCAAAAACCUAUGGUUUAUUAUACCGGUAAACCCAUAGAAAAAGGCAUCCGGACCACGAGCCAUAAACAAAACCGGCUAUUGAUCUGCAAACAACGAUUUUAGAAAGGCUAAAAAACAGAACAAGCUACUUACCCAGCCCUUCUUAAUAUCAAAAGUGUUGGUUUCCACAUUUUAUUACUGCCAUAGCUUUAGGAGUAAUAAAGCACAAAGCUGGAAAGCAGUUUACAUUUCACGACGAUGCCAAAUCGCAGAGAAAGACAACAACUGUGUGAAUUUCUGGUGUAGAAAGUCUCCAGGAAAACUUAACCAUUUGCCAACCAGCAACAAAACGGAUAGUUUUAGCAUUCUUGAUUUAUUUUAUGUCAAAAUUAAAUUCGUUAAUGAAAGAAAUUGUUCCAAAAAGAGAUCUCUGAUCAAGAUAUGGUGCAAAAUCGGCCGCUGUAGGUUGUAAACAAGCUGCCAACGAUGAUGAAAGAUGUCAGACUUUCGGGCUGGUUUUUUCCAACAUUUGCACAAAUCAUUCGGUGAUAUCGAUGCUAUAACCUACCUCAAACCACCUGACUUUACAAAUCGACAAAUAUUAACGCCAAUAUGUGGCUACGGCAAAGAAACCUUUCUCCGCCACUGACAUAUUUCCAUCGGUCGCUGUACGUGCAUAUAAAGUUACAUGCGACAACUUCGCAAAUGCAGCCACGUCGUAACCGCAGAAUUUCCGCAGAAUUUCCGCAGAAAAUCACUCGCCUUCGGCUUGUGAUUUACAAGCUUUUCUCGUGUUCUCCCAACAUCCCGCGUGGGUUAUCACGCCGGUAAACCCAUAGAAAGUGUGGUCUAUUGCUUAAAAAGAGCGAUGUUCGUCGGUCGACGCCAUUUUAACGGGCCAUGCCCCUAUCUAUAACAAAGCUAUUAGUGAUAAUAGAUGUAAUAUAUUCUCUAGAUUAAGUUUUCAUGAGAUAGCAUAGCCUUAACGAGAACAAACUUUUAGCCCCAGUUGAAUUUAGUUCGUUUAAAGUUCGGAAAGGUCUAGGAUUAUCUCUUGAAGUGGUAUCAGUUAGAAAAGACGGUUGGUUAAAAUACAUACUUCAAUUUUUUGGAAUUAAGGCGGAUAGUCUCUUCAGUUAUAGAAAUAUAAUGGAUAGGAGAAGACCCAAUUCAAUAUACUUCCAUUACAAUGAACGCUAUUUUCCCAAUAAUUUAGCUCUUCGUUAUAACAAUUUUCCCCCUAUAUUAAAAGCAUCUUAAAAUAAACUGAAAGGAUUUGACCCGGAAGGUAAUGAAUUGAAACGAAAUAUUUCGACUGCGCUCAGCCUUUCAUGAACCUGGUCCAGUUUAAGGACACGGACCCGUUAUGUCCGCGAGCACAAUCGACCACUGAGCGCUUUUUUGCACCUUAUACGUACUAUCAUCUUGCUUUUAAGGAGGAAAAAGGCUUUCCAAAGUCUUUCAACCUUUCAGGAUAACUUCUUCAAGUUAACUAAAUGAAGCGCGUUAUUUUAACCAAAAAUAUUGGUCAUUCUUACUUAAAAGAAACUUGUUAACACUACCAUUUACUAAAAGACAACCAAACAAAAAGGUCAAAAUAACCCUGUUGAUAGUUAUUUUAACACCUUUUAAAUUAGUUAUUUCAAAUCAAUAGAAUCCAGUUAUUUGAAACCAAUCUACAAAGUAAAUUGGUCACUAUGACUAAAACAAAAGGAUUCUCUCAGACGCAUUUUGCAACAAUGUUCAUUGGUUAUUUUAACUAAUCAAAUUUUACAGUGCACGUUAAUUUAAAAUCGUACCUUUCAUGCCAAGUCUCUGUUGGACGUGUUCUCAGGAACGUGUUCAUGACGAACGGGAAUCGGCCUUACAAGCUUGACCACGUGAUACUAUAGGCGGGAAAAAGAUAAUGCGAAAUAACGAUAUUUGUUUGAGUACAUGACAAAAUUCAGUACCUUAUUCACAGUUGCUUCCAUAAUUUUGGCGUUUUUUAACUACCCUUCCUUCUACCCGCCCUCAGAAGAGUGCACAGAUAGGUUUGUGUCACAGACGUGUAAGCAAUGGAAGGAUGGACAGAUGUGUCUGGACGACCGUUACAGAAAUUAUCUGACUUACGGCUGUGCUUCCACAUGUCGCUUUUGUAGUAAGUACAGAUCUUCAGUUUUAUAACACUGACGACAGAGAUAUACAUUAAGUACUGUUUAAAAAACGAGCAGGAGUGUAUUAUCAGGUUUAAAACUCGAGGCAAAGCCGAUAGUUUUAAACCUGAUAAUACACGAAUACGAGUCUUUUGAACAGCUUCAAAAUCUCUAAUAUAAAUCAACUCAUUCUUGCACUAAUAUUUAGAUUUGAGGUUAUUUUGCUCUAAAGAAAAAUCGAACGUAAAGUUUAGCCGUGUCUUUAUUAGAUAUAAAGACCGUUAUUAACCAUUACUUCUUUCGUUCUUUCUUUAUGAAUUUUUAAUGAGUUUUUUAAUUGCUCACAUCCUUUAGAACAUUGCCUUUAUGAAAGGCACCACAGAGUCCUUGGACGGCCAUACAUGUUUCAUUUUUUUCUUAAAAUGUCAUUUAACCUCCUCCUUGUCAGAUUGCCGUGAUACAUAUAGAGAAAGCCCAUAUUGUGACGAGUGGAAAUCAAAAGGAUUUUGUAAACAAUAUAAAGAUCAGCUGGAUACUUAUUGCCCAAAAACAUGUGGAUUCUGUAUCAGUAAGUAUAACUGAUAUUUUUCCCCUGAAAAACUCACGCUCACACACAAGCAACAUUUUGUCCCACACGCGACCUAGAUGCAACAGAAUAUCAUAGUGACUAAUGGUAGAGUUUAAUUUACUUCUCAAUCAAGAUGCAAAGUACGAAGAAACCACAGUACCGCCUCAGAACACAACAGCUCCUACACCGUCCCAGAGCGCUACACCUCCAAGUUCCGAUCAAGAGAGGGCAAGACCAGUUAUUACGGUAGUUAAGAACGUUAUUCAACGUCAGCCACUGAACGCGAGAUUUGCGAAUACUGGGAACGCCAAUUCCAAAAGAGGUUUGCCGUUAUUCAACAGGGAAGGAAAUGCAGCGCUGUGGUCUGUCAACGCUGAUACCAGGAUUACGCUACCUCAACCACAGCAAUAUGACGACAUGGGAGGUAAGGAAAACGCCUGGGGGGAGGGUACUUUCUUUGAUGGCCUAUUCGAAGAGGCUCGGUCCUGCCGGAAAGCUAAGGGGCUCCAUUUUCAGGCUUCAGGUAUAUGAAAGGGUGGAAGUUUCACUAGUUUAAGUAUAAGAAAGGGUAGGAAAAUCUGGAGUUUUGGCCUCUAAAAGGUCCUAAGAGGGCUAACAAAAUAUGCAUCUUAUGCUUGUGAAAAAGACAAAAAUCGGAUCAUUUUAGUUUUCUGGGAAACUGCCCACCGACCCCUUCCCUAAACCAACAUUAACACUUAGUUCUUACUUAGGGCAAAAUAUUGGAAUAGGGGAGGGGUAGGUGGGCAGUUUCACAGAAACGUAAAAUGAUCCCAAAAAUCUACCUGCUAUAGUAAUUUAUUCGUAUUAAAAAGACAGUGCAGUUACAGCAAUUAUAAUAGCCUACGAGCAGGCUGACAUGGUACAAAUCAUUAAAAAUUGCGACAGCUUAGUUUAUUACAAAUUGCGAUGGACAGCUAUUACAAAUUGCAACAGCUUUUUUAUUGCAAAGUGCGACACGGGUUUAUGACAAAUUGCGACAGAUAUUAAAAAGUGCGAUGGAUUGUUUACAAACUGCGACAGUACAUCGUUCCUUGAGAACGUAACGUAACUUUUUAAAAGCUGUCCAAAAUUCUUCCUGUACCACGUGAACGUAGCCUCUCUAUCUUUCUUCUCGUACGCUUAACUUGUUUUCUUUCAUGUAAGGUGCCGUGAGGCAUCCCCUUGAAGACGGAACUUACUUCACUCCGGCCAAAACAAACGAGAAGUUUGAGUACUACACAGAGCACUACUCCCCAGAUCCCUAUGUAGCGGCAGCACAGAGGGAAGAAUGGAUGACAGCAAACACUGGUGAUGGUGUCGCCCCAAAUCCUUCACUCAGCCGGAAGUCAAAAGACCCGGAAGUGAAAGAANUACAAAUCAUUAAAAAUUGCGACAGCUUAGUUUAUUACAAAUUGCGAUGGACAGCUAUUACAAAUUGCAACAGCUUUUUUAUUGCAAAGUGCGACACGGGUUUAUGACAAAUUGCGACAGAUAUUAAAAAGUGCGAUGGAUUGUUUACAAACUGCGACAGUACAUCGUUCCUUGAGAACGUAACGUAACUUUUUAAAAGCUGUCCAAAAUUCUUCCUGUACCACGUGAACGUAGCCUCUCUAUCUUUCUUCUCGUACGCUUAACUUGUUUUCUUUCAUGUAAGGUGCCGUGAGGCAUCCCCUUGAAGACGGAACUUACUUCACUCCGGCCAAAACAAACGAGAAGUUUGAGUACUACACAGAGCACUACUCCCCAGAUCCCUAUGUAGCGGCAGCACAGAGGGAAGAAUGGAUGACAGCAAACACUGGUGAUGGUGUCGCCCCAAAUCCUUCACUCAGCCGGAAGUCAAAAGACCCGGAAGUGAAAGAAGAAAAACCAAAUAUUUUUGUAGUGAAGAAAUCUAAAGUCAAACGUAAUAGACAUAAGCAUUCAAAAAAGCAUUGAACCAAACGAAUUUACCUUGACUAUCGAUGAAAAAUACACCAACUCGCAAAAGUGACUAUUUUAGUUAUGAAAAAUUAGGGAGUUUAAGAUACCAGGAUGGCCACGGCAGCGAAAAGGUCAGUUUAAAAGUAACUUUUCUUCCUUUGAAACUUCAAGGCGAUGAUCCCAACUCGUACACUAUGUCAAAUGUAGGCUAACUCUCCUGGAAUUGAAUUCCUAAGAAAAAUAUUCAAGUUAAAAGAGAAAAAGUGGAAUUCGUCGUCGUUUGUUUAUCGCGUCCAAGAGAGAAUGAACUCAUUCUGUCUUGUCGCGUCGCAGUCGUACAGCGACGGCAAAGAAAUGUACCAAAAAGUUGUUGUUUUGCUAAUCUAAUUAAAAUUCUUGCUGUUUUGCCGUUCUCGUUGCCCUUACUUUCGUGACAUCUUUGGCCCUGUACACAUAAAUACAGAUAUUGGUUAGAAUAAUCAAAAUGAAGUUUUAGCGAACGUCGUCGUUAAUUCACCUGUGAAUUGUGACUUUUCCACUAUGGUUUGCUCUAGGACCUUUUUAUAUGGGGAAAACCUGUCUCUAGUAUAAGCGUUACCCUCCCAGCCGAGUCAACUUUAGAAAGCAUUUAUACAGUGGAAGCUCCGUGUGUGACUACCCUUCAUAAGUGACCACGUGACUUUUCGCAAUUUGGGUGGUUACUUGCGGGAGCGCUUGCAUAUGCUCUCAUUAGGGACCUAACGAUCCGAAAACGGUGACGUUCAUGAAAACGUCGCUGAAUAAUAGACUCCGCAUCCUUUCAAACCAUUUCGCGAUUAUCCCAAGUCGCCCAGUUACUUAAAACAAGGAAAUUUAAGUUAGAGCUAAGGAGGGGGGACAGAGAUGGUAUAAUUUAUCGAAUGGCCUUUCAUUUCACGUCGUAGUUGUACAGGGACGGCGAAGAAAUGUACAAAAAAGGGUGAUGCACGUGCAAAGUUGUUGUUUGGCUCAUUGAACCUAUGGACGUUUUGACGUUGCCGUUUCUGUUCUCGUCGUAGUUUCCUAAGGUCCCUAAAUAAUGUCUCGCCUGGAUCAAGUUGACCCAGCUGGGCAGGCUAAGGUCUUAAUAGAAUAAUAUGAAAAAAAUAGUUGACCAGGCUAGUAGGGCGGUGACCCUAUAACCACAAAAGGGUGACCAGGCUAGGCGAGUCACCCCUCCAGCCCAGCCAAUCUUUUUUCUCAAGUGGACAGCUCGCCAUCGUUUGUGAGGAAAUGUAUGAAAAGUUAGCUCGCCCAGUGUUGAUCGGAUAGGCGGGUGACCCAUCUACCCGGAACAACUUUCCCCAUAUAAUUGGGGCCUAGGAACGUGGGGAUGAAUAGACAAAAUAGAAGAGUUGAUUCCUCAGGAGCCUUUACGCAUUCAUGAUGGUUAGUGACUUCCUACCCCGAGUUAAACUUCAGAGGCCACAGUUUAGUGCUUUGCGCAGUUCACGAGACUUACUGUUUCAUCAGUUUUAAUAGUUUGUUGUUUUUGUCCUUCUCAAUAAAUUAUGAAAAAAUAGAAACAUAUAUAAUUUAUAACAUAGCGCGCGUGCUUGCCCUAUAUAAGUCCUAUUGAGCCGCUAUGAACAAAAUCUUUAUUUACGCACGCCCGUGCGUAAAUAAGAUGACGUAAGCAUUUCGUUUUACCUAGCUGCAGAGUUGUCGUCUUUUAAGCUGCAGUGCAGUUUUCCUUCUCUUUAAAAUAUGGAAGAAACCAGCGAAGAACNCGAAAACGGUGACGUUCAUGAAAACGUCGCUGAAUAAUAGACUCCGCAUCCUUUCAAACCAUUUCGCGAUUAUCCCAAGUCGCCCAGUUACUUAAAACAAGGAAAUUUAAGUUAGAGCUAAGGGGAGGGGACAGAGAUGGUAUAAUUUAUCGCCUGGCCUUUCAUUUCACGUCGUAGUUGUACAGGGACGGCGAAGAAAUGUACAAAAAAGGGUGAUGCACGUGCAAAGUUGUUGUUUUGCUCAUUGAACCUAUUGACUUUUUGACGUUGCCGUUUCCGUUCUCGUCGUAGUUUCCUAAAGUCCCUAAAUAAUGUCUCGCCUGGACCAAGUUGACCCAGCUGGGCAGGCUAAGGUCUUAAUAGAAUAAUAUGAAAAAAAUAGUUGGCCAGGCUAGUAGGGCGGUGACCCUAUAACAACAAAAGGGUGACCAGGCUAGGCCUGUCACCCCUCCAGCCCAGCCAAUCUUUUUUCUCAAGUGGACAGUCGCCAUCGUUUGUAAGGAAAUGUAUGAAAAGUUAGCUCGCCCAGUGUUGAUCGGAUAGGCGGGUGACCCAUCUACCCGGAACAACUUUCCCCAUAUAAUUGGGGCCUGGGAACGUGGGGAUGAAUAGACAAAAUAGAAGAGUUGAUUCCUCAGGAGCCUUUACGCAUUCAUGAUGGUUAGUGACUUCCUACCCCGAGUUAAACUUCAGAGGCCACAGUUUAGUGCUUUGCGUAGUUCACGAGACUUACUGUUUCAUCAGUUUUAAUAGUUUAUGUUGUUUUUGUCCUUCUCAAUAAAUUAUGAAAAAAUAGAAACAUAUAUAAUUUUUAGCACAGUUGUGUAUUUCAAAGCGUUAAUGUUUUGACAUACAUUAGAAAUAUCAUGCUAUUUUGUGUAAAUUUAGUCAUAAUAAAAAUAAAUUAUUUUGCGCCAGCCAUAAAGAGAUCGCCCCUGUCAUUGUUUCUAGAUCACUUUUUUGUUGUUGGAAGGGGGGGGGGGUGGGUGGGGGGUCAAAGGAACCGCUUAACUUCCCCUGGGUAAGGAUGUAUCGUUACCUUUCAUAAACCAUGAUCCGUGUGAUCUGACUUAGAUCAUUCCAAAUAAACGUACCGACCUCGGGGGAGAGUCAUUGGAAAUGUUUUUGUGAUGAUACCGCUACUGAUUUCAAACAUUAACAGAAGUAUUAGUAUCGGUGGAAAUGCACGAAUAGUAAAACAUUGGCCAUUUCUGAGUAUAAGAGUAGAGCCUUUCAGGGAUGUGAAAAUUUUUUUUCCAUUUGCAUGCAAAUGAAACUCAUUUUCGCAAAGGAAAGAGUUUGUACAUGGUCUCAUCCUGAAACCGAAAUUUUUUGGCAUUUAAAAAAUGGCCUUAUAGCUUUGUCCAAAAAGUCGGGAGGACAUAGAUGAAUAUCUGAAAAGUUCAAGUUCGAUUUAUUUUUGGAAAACCACUGAUCAUGGCGUCCUAACCUCUUGGAGAAUUUCUUUUGUUGCUGUUGUGCAAACUAAGGAUACUGUGAAUUACGGAAAAUGAAAUUUUACUUUUCACAAAACGUCCUAGAAUUCUUACUAGAUGGCCUCUUAAAGGAAGCAGCUUUACCAAAAUAAACCUGUUGUCAAUGAAUUUGAAUGGCAACUGCAGGUGGCGAACUAAAGCUAACAAGCCGUGCAUUUACUGAAAGAACCAUAUCGUUUUAAAAUGAAGGUCCUGAGGCAAAUUAUCAUCUCCGUUAAGAUAAGUUAAGGCAAGAUAGCAUCAAAAAGGAAAGAAAGCCUAAUUGCGAACGUGGAUGAAAUCAAAAGAUAGCAAGCACUCUUUCAGUUGUUAUUUUCUAAAAAUGAAGCUUUUCCUGAUAAAAGCUUCAAAAUUGAAUUACAGUGCAAAAUAGUAAAGGUCAUUGCAUUCUAAGUUUAGUUUAUAAUGCUUGCCGGGAGUGUUAAACAAGAAAUUUUACUAAAUCGAUUGUUGAAACUGGAAUCGAAACCUGACUCUUCAACUAGCCAAUUAGUCUAAGUCAUUCAUCAGGGCAGAUAGAUUCUCUCAACGAAAGCCAGCUUUUAAAUCCCUUUACGGUGGCUAAAUUGCAGAGUAAUAAAACUUAAGUUAAUCAGUUGAAAGAAACAUUUUUUGUCUUUGCGGAGUCUCAGCAUGACAGUUUGUAAAAAAUCAAAUCUAGUUCCCCUAGAAAUUCUUUAUCAGCCCCGUUUAAAUUUACAAUAUUCUGGUCUUUCGUGCCCUCGAAGUUUUCAAGGAUCAUAAAAUAUUUACAAGUUCAACCUUUCUCAUGGAAACCUAGUAUGUAUCCCAAAUGAAAAAGGGAAUUGUUUAUUCAAAGAUUACAGGUAAGACUUGAAAGGCUUUGUCCCGUGAAUUCGUUGAGCAAACAGAAAAAGAUACAACGCCAAAUUCCUUCCAAAGAAAUCUCUUGACCUUUCCAACGCUUUAUAGGUAAGAGCAUAAUCUUUUAACUAUUUGCUUAAACGAAAAGGAGGUGUUCAAGUCAAAUUCAAUUGAUUAUUAACAUGUCGGUUAUGUUAGUGACAAGCAAAUGUUGGCAGUGGUAUAAGUGGUAGACUUAACCGCUUUCUCUUUCGACAACGUUCUAGUUGGCCGAAAACUUAAGCAAUAGUAAGGGGAAAACGAAUUCUGUCGUCGUAAGGAGUCAGUCGCCGGCUUUUCAGUUUCUAAACAAGGUCAUAUACCACAAUAUACCACAUGAUCCAAGUGUGGAGCUAACAAAAUACUAGACCCCUACACCCUCAACGCGAAUCUAACUUUUCUUUAUUCACAAAACCACGUAAAAGUUGAAUGUUGUGCGCCAGUAUUACUGUUAGA